UUUUUUUCUCAAACACAAACACAAGCUGAACAUACAAAUGGCUGCUACCAGCACGCAGCAGGAUGCUUCUCCGUCCUCUCACCGGUGCACUUAUGAUGCAUUCUUGAGCUUCAGGGGCACAGACACACGCAAGGGAUUUACUGAUCACCUCUACAGGGCUUUGGAGGUGGCAGGGAUCCACACUUUUAGAGAUGAUGACGAAAUCGAGAGAGGAGCAAAUAUUUCAGCAGAGCUUCAAAAAGCAAUACAAGAGUCUCGAGUAUCCAUCAUUGUCUUCUCCAAGGACUACGCUUCCUCGAGAUGGUGCCUGGAUGAACUAGUGACGAUCAUGGACCGUAGAGAAACUAAUGAGCACAUGGUUAUGCCGAUUUUCUAUGACGUGGAUCCAUCCCAUGUCAGGAACCAGACAGGAAUUUUUGAAGAAGCAUUUGCCAGACACCAACAGCGCUUCAACAAGGAGAUGGACAAGGUGGAGAAGUGGAGAAAAGCUCUCAGAGAUGUUGCAGAUUUGGGAGGGAUGGUUUUAGGAGAUCGGUAUGAGUCGCAGUUUAUCCAAGAUAUAGUUGAAGAUAUUGGAAAUAAACUGGAUCACACAUGGAAUAGGAGAUUAGUAGUCGAUCCCUAUGUAGUUGGAAUAGAUAAUCGUGUGGAAGGCCUAAACAUGUGGUUAGAAGAUGGAUCAAGUGAUGUUGGAGUAGCUGUAGUCUACGGGAUGGGUGGAAUUGGCAAGACCACCAUUGCCAAGAUUGCUUAUAACAGGAAUUUCUAUAAAUUUCAAGGUGGCAGCUUUCUUGCAGAUAUUAGAGCAACUUCAAAACUUCCCAAUGGUUUGGUUCACUUGCAAAGGAAGCUUCUUUCAGAUCUCCAAAAGGGGAAAGCAAAGAAAAUAUACAACUCGGAGGAAGGAAUAAAAAAGAUCAAACGGGCGAUACGUUGCAAAAGAGUUCUUGUUGCUCUUGAUGAUGUGGACAACUUAGAACAAUUCAAUGCAAUUCUUGGAAUGCGAGAAUGGCUUCAUCCAGGAAGUAAAAUAAUCAUAACAACUAGACAUGAACAUUUGUUAAAGGCUCAUGAGAAUUGUGCAAUGUUUAAGGUGGAAGGGUUGCUUGAGAAUGAAUCACUUGAGCUUUUCAGUUGGCAUGCCUUUAGACAACCCCAUCCUAGCGAAGGUCACAUGGAUCUUUCAAGACCUGUAGUGCAACACUGUGGAGGGGUUCCAUUAGCUCUUCAAGUUCUAGGAUCUUCUCUCUUUGGAAAAGCUGCAGAUGUGUGGAAAAAUGCAUUACAGAACUUGGAUGUGAUUACUGAAGGAAAAAUUCAAAAGAUUCUCAGAAUAAGCUUUGAUUCUCUGCAAGAUCAUGACAAACGUCUGUUCCUCCAUAUAGCCUGUUUCUUCAUAGGAAAAGACAAGGAUUUUUCAACUACAGUCCUUGAUGAAUGUGAGUUUGCCACAAACAUUGGAAUUCAAAAUCUGGUUGAUAGAUGUCUGCUGAUAAUUGAUGGAUUCAACAAGUUAACCAUGCACCAAUUACUUCAAGACAUGGGAAGGGGAAUUAUUCGCGAAGAAUCGCCUGAGGAUCCUGGAAAACGUACUAGAGUGUGGAAUAAAGAUGCCUCUAAUGUUUUGAGAAAAUUAACUGGUACAGAAACUAUUAAGGGCCUCAUGCUCAACAUUCCUAUGUUAAUAAAAGAUGAGUCUUCUAAGAUAACAUCCAGUGGAAGUAACAGAAAAAGAUUCCAUGUUGAAGAUUAUGAUGGAAACCGUUCAAGCAGCCGACGUCGGCUUGGUUUCUUGUCCUGGCAAUCAAUUAGUUUUUCUUCAACAAACUCAUUUCCUGUAUCAAAUGGGAUAGGUUUCAAAACAGAGGCAUUUAGAAGGAUGCACAAUCUUGAACUCCUGCUGCUUGAUAAUGUAAAAAUCAGUGGAGGCUAUGAAGAUUUCCCAAAAAAUUUAAUAUGGUUGUCUUGGCGAGGAUUCGCUUUAAAGUCAAUACCAACCAAUUUUUGCUUGGAAAAUCUAAUUGCUCUUGACUUGCGGAACAGCAGCCUCCAACAUGUUUGGAAGGGAACUAAGUUUCUUCCAAGACUGAAAAUCUUAAAUCUCAGUCAUUCACAUGGCCUUGUGACAACCCCUGACUUGUCAGGAUUCCCUAACCUCGAGAGAUUAAUUCUUAAAGAUUGCAUAAAUUUGAAAGAGGUGGAUGAAUCCAUUGGAGAUUUGGAGAAACUUGUUUUCUUGAAUCUAAAAGAUUGCAAAAAUCUCAUGAAGCUUCCAAAAAGAAUUGGUAUGCUGCGAUCUCUCCAGGAACUUAUUCUCUUUGGUUGCUCAAAUCUUGUGCUGCCUGCCAGUAUGAUCGUUAAAAAUCAGUCAGACUCUACACCUAAUGACAUGAAGAAACUCAGUCUGUUAUCUGCAGUUAAAUCGUGGCAAUCAAUCCGAUCAUGUGUAUUCGUAUUGCCAAGAAAAAAUCUCCAACUUACCAGUGCAAGUUUGCCACAAUUUUUAAAACGCAUAGAUAUGGCAUGCUGCAAUCUGUCAGAAAUUCCCAAUGAUCUUAGUAGCCUAUCCUCAUUGGAGUAUUUGGAUCUAAGUGGAAACCCAUUUUUGAGCCUAUCAGUAAACAUGAAUGGUCUUAGUAAGCUCCAGAAUCUUUUGUUGGAUCAUUGCACAAACCUCGAAAUGAUUCCUGAGCUCCCACCAAGUGUAGAGGCUUUGUCCGCAUAUAACUGUACUUCAUUGAAAAGAGUACUACUAAACUUACCCAACAUGCUACCAAAAAUUAGAGGUGCGGUUGUUAGAUGCAUGAAUUUAGUUGAAAUUCAAAACGUGCUCAAAACAAGACCGUUGAGAAGCGUCGACGUAGAAAUGAUCAAAGAUAUCGGUCUGUUCAAUUUGGAAUCCAUAGGAAGCACUGAAGUUGAAAUGCUCAACUACUUGACAAGUACAAUAAGGAAGGGUCCUCUCCAGGGACUGGAGGAAUGUGGUAUAUUUAGCAUAUUCCUUCCUGGGAGCGAGGUUCCAGAUUGGUUCUGCUACAAGUCGAGCACUGAGCUGUCUAUAACUAUACCUCCACAUCUUAAUUUGAAGAUCCGAGGCCUAAAUGCUUGUGUUGUGUAUGCACGUGAUAAGUUUGUUGAUGAUGAGGGAUUGAGAUUUUACUCGGGCUUUCCCAUUCUUAGCAUCAGUAAUGAGACCAAGGGUCUUAAGUGGACCUAUAUGCCAGUCACAAUAGGGUAUCCAAAAGAGAAGGAACAUAUGUUAUGGCUUAGUCAUUGGCGAUUCGCAAACGAUGAAUUGGAGGGUGGGGAUGAAAUACGUGUUUCGGUUAGAGGUGAAUUCGAUAUGUCAACAAAUAAAUUUGGGGUUAGAGGUGAAUUCGAUAUGUUGACAAAGGAAUUUGGAAUCCAGCUUGUGUACGAGCAGAAUAAUAAUGAGGGUACUGUAACUGAAGAUAUAACCACGAUGUUCCAGCAUGAAACACCUACACCUUCGAGCCAGAAUCAUGUCGUUGCUGGAGCUGUGUCAGCAUCAGCAUCAAGGUUUCAUAAAAAUAAUGAAAAUAAGGUGGGUGAAUACUUUCUUUGUAAUCAUCAUGGAUGGUAUCCUCCAUCAUAUUGGAAGGGAUGUUCAGGAUCUAUAGCUCAUGUUAUUGACACCCGAGAUAAUGGGUUGAGUUUGGAGGAUAUUCUAGUGGUACAUGAAUUUCCGAAUGUUUUCCCUGAGGAUCUUCCUGGGUUACAUCCUCACCAGGAAAUCGAGUUCACUAUUGAGCUUGUUCCAGAAACAAGUCCGAUUUCUCAGGCACUGUAUAGGAUGGCACCAGCUAAGUUAAGGGAAUUGAAGACCGGUCCCAAACAAACCACCUCACUUCCCUUUUCUAGUCCCAACCCAUCCCAGCCUCGAUCUGCCGUCAUGGUCAUCGAAAACCUCCAUGAAACAGGGCGGUUCAGACGGAAUUUCACGGAGCUUGAAAAUAUAGUGACAUACAGCUUGAAAAUAAUGGCCUGGCUUAGAAAGACUGGUAGAGUCAACAUCCAAGGCUGGCCCCUGAAGACUAAAAUUGACGGAGCACAGUGGUGGAGCCUACUAGACCCCGUGAAGGCUGGCCUUCUUUUUAUUUUCUUUAAUGUAAUGCCGGGCCCGCCACCGUACAAUUAUCGAGCACUUGCAUUGUUUCUCUCAUUAGCGAAGGGUCCUGGUCAUUGGACUCUUGCAAUCGAAGGGAAAAUGUGGACGAAAGGAGAGACUAUUAGAGUCAACAUCCGGUCGUCUCUAUUAUUUGAUGGAAAAUUCCAUGCAGGCGUUAUUGACCUCAACAACCAUCACGGACUUAGCAUUUACACACUGAAGCCUAAACACCAUGUCCAAUGGACCUGUUUUCUCCUGUUUCAUACGAGAAAGCCAAGCAAGAUUUUUUUUCUCAAACACAAACACAAGCUGAACAUACAAAUGGCUGCUACCAGCACGCAGCAGGAUGCUUCUCCGUCCUCUCACCGGUGCACUUAUGAUGCAUUCUUGAGCUUCAGGGGCACAGACACACGCAAGGGAUUUACUGAUCACCUCUACAGGGCUUUGGAGGUGGCAGGGAUCCACACUUUUAGAGAUGAUGACGAAAUCGAGAGAGGAGCAAAUAUUUCAGCAGAGCUUCAAAAAGCAAUACAAGAGUCUCGAGUAUCCAUCAUUGUCUUCUCCAAGGACUACGCUUCCUCGAGAUGGUGCCUGGAUGAACUAGUGACGAUCAUGGACCGUAGAGAAACUAAUGAGCACAUGGUUAUGCCGAUUUUCUAUGACGUGGAUCCAUCCCAUGUCAGGAACCAGACAGGAAUUUUUGAAGAAGCAUUUGCCAGACACCAACAGCGCUUCAACAAGGAGAUGGACAAGGUGGAGAAGUGGAGAAAAGCUCUCAGAGAUGUUGCAGAUUUGGGAGGGAUGGUUUUAGGAGAUCGGUACGAGUCGCAGUUUAUCCAAGAUAUAGUUGAAAUUAUUGGAAAUAAACUGGAUCACACAUGGAAUAGGAGAUUAAUAGUCGAUCCCUAUGUAGUUGGAAUAGAUAAUCGUGUGGAAGGCCUAAACAUGUGGUUAGAAGAUGGAUCAAGUGAUGUUGGAGUAGCUGUUGUCUAUGGGAUGGGUGGAAUUGGCAAGACCACCAUUGCCAAGAUUGCUUAUAACAGGAAUUUCUAUAAAUUUCAAGGUGGCAGCUUUCUUGCAGAUAUUAGAGCAACUUCAAAACUUCGCAAUGGUUUGGUUCACUUGCAAAGGAACCUUCUUUCAGAUCUCCAAAAGGGGAAAGCAAAGAAAAUAUACAACUCGGAGGAAGGAAUAAAAAAGAUCAAACGGGCGAUACGUUGCAAAAGAGUUCUUGUUGCUCUUGAUGAUAUUGACAACUUGGAACAAUUCAAUGCAAUUCUUGGAAUGCGAGAAUGGCUUCAUCCAGGAAGUAAAAUAAUCAUAACAACUAGACAUGAACAUUUGUUAAAGGCUCAUGAGAAUUGUGCAAUGUUUAAGGUGGAAGGGUUGCUUGAGAAUGAAUCACUUGAGCUUUUCAGUUGGCAUGCCUUUAGACAACCCCAUCCUGGCGAAGGUUACAUGGAUCUUUCAAGACCUGUAGUGCAACACUGUGGAGGGGUUCCAUUAGCUCUUCAAGUUCUAGGAUCUUCUCUCUUUGGAAAAGCCGCAGAUGUGUGGAAAAAUGCAUUACAGAACUUGGAUGUGAUUACUGAAGGAAAAAUUCAAAAGAUUCUCAGAAUAAGCUUUGAUUCUCUGCAAGAUCAUGACAAACGUCUGUUCCUCCAUAUAGCCUGUUUCUUCAUAGGAAAAGACAAGGAUUUUUCAACUACAGUCCUUGAUGAAUGUGAGUUUGCCACAAACAUUGGAAUUCAAAAUCUGGUUGAUAGAUGUCUGCUGAUAAUUGAUGGAUUCAACAAGUUAACCAUGCACCAAUUACUUCAAGACAUGGGAAAGGGAAUUAUUCGUGAAGAAUCGCCUGAGGAUCCUGGAAAACGUACUAGAGUGUGGAAUAAAGAUGCCUCUAAUGUUUUGAGAAAAUUAACUGGUACAGAAACUAUUAAGGGCCUCAUGCUCAACAUUCCUUUGUUAAUAAAAGAUGAGUCUUCUAAGAUAAUAUCCAGUGGAAGUAACAGAAAAAGAUUCCAUGUUGAGGAUUGUGAUGGAAACUGUUCAAGCAGCCGACGUCGGCUUGGUUUCUUGUCCUGGCAAUCAAUUAGUUUUUCUUCAACAAACUCAUUUCCUGUAUCAAAUGGGAUAGGUUUCAAAACAGAGGCAUUUAGAAGGAUGCACAAUCUUGAACUCCUGCUGCUUGAUAAUGUAAAAAUCAGUGGAGGCUAUGAAGAUUUCCCAAAAAAUUUAAUAUGGUUGUCUUGGCGAGGAUUCGCUUUAAAGUCUAUACCAACCAUUUUUUACUUGGAAAAUCUAAUUGCUCUUGACUUGCGGAACAGCAGCCUCCAACAUGUUUGGAAGGGAACUAAGUUUCUUCCAAUACUGAAAAUCUUAAAUCUCAGUCAUUCACAUGGCCUUGUGACAACCCCUGACUUGUCAGGAUCCCCUAACCUCGAGAAAUUAAUUCUUAAAGAUUGCAUAAAUUUGAAAGAGGUGGAUGAAUCCAUUGGAGAUUUGGAGAAACUUGUUUUCAUGAAUCUAAAAGAUUGCAAAAAUCUCAUGAAGCUUCCAAUAAGAAUUAGUAUGCUGCGAUCUCUCCAGAAACUUAUUCUCUCUGGUUGCUCAAAUCUUGUGCUGCCUGCCAGUAUGAUCGUUAAAAAUCAGUCAGACUCUACACCUAGUGACAUGAAGAAACUCAGUCUGUGGCAAUCAAUGCGAUCAUGGGUAUUGCCAAGAAAAAAUCUCCAACUUACCAGUGCAAGUUUGCCACAAUUUUUAAAACGCUUAGAUAUGGCGUACUGCAAUCUGUCAGAAAUUCCCAAUGAUCUUCCUAGUAGCCUAUCCUCAUUGGAGCGUUUGAAUCUAGAAGGAAACCCAUUUGUGAGCCUACCAGUAAACAUGAAUGGUCUUAGUAAGCUCCAUACUCUUUCGUUGAAUCAUUGCACAAACCUCGAAAUGAUUCCCGAGCUCCCACCAAGUGUAGAGAAUUUGGGCGCAUAUUAUUGUACUUCAUUGAAAAGAGUACUACUAAACUUACCCGACAUGUUACCAACAAUUAGAGGUGCGGUUUUUAUAUGCAAGAAUUUAGUUGAAAUUCAAAACGUGUUCAAAACAGGACCGUUGAGAAGCGUCGACAUAGAAAUGAUCAAAGAUAUCGGUCUGUUCAAUUUGGAAUCCAUAGGAAGCACUGAAGUUGAAAUGCACAACUACUUGACACGUACAGUAAGGAAGGGUCCUCUCCAGGGACUGGAUGAAUGUGGUAUAUUUAGCAUAUUCCUUCCUGGGAGCGAGGUUCCAGAUUGGUUCUGCUACAAGUCGAGCAUGGGUAACUCUGAGCUGUCUAUAACUAUACCUCCACAUCUUAAUUUGAAGAUCCGAGGCCUAAAUGCAUGUGUUGUGUAUAAGGUUCGUGAUAAGGCUUGGGGAUUUUACCGCGCUCCCAUUCUUCACAUCAGUAAUGAGAGCAAGGGUCUUAAGUGGACCUAUGUGCCAACCACAGUAGGGUUUCCAAAAGAGAAGGAACAUAUGUUCUGGCUUAGUCAUUGGCGAUUCGCAAACGAUGAAUUGGAGGGUGGGGAUGAAAUACGUGUUUCGGUUGGAGAUAAAACCGAUAUGUUGACAAAGGAAUUUGGAAUCCAGCUUGUGUACGAGCAGAAUAAUAAUGAAGGUACUGUAACUGAAGAUAUAACCACAACGUUCCAGCAUGAAACAACUACACCUUCGAGCCAGAAUCAUGUCGUUGCUGGAGAUGUGUCAGCAUCAGCAUCAAGGUUAUAUAAAAAAAAUAAAAAUAAGGUGGGUGAAUACUUUAUUUGUACUCAUUUGGAUCCUCUAGCACAGACCGGAAACUGAUUUUGACAUUUUCCGAACCCCAAUCCGAAAAUGUUCAGAAUUCAAUAUAACUUCCAAUUCCAAUCUUUUAAAGUGGGUGUAACA